CAAGAUGGCGUCGCGUCCGCGGAGCCUGAGGAGGAAGGUUUACUGGUAACCACGGCGUAGGGGAGGCGGGGGGCUGUCCCCGCAGGCCUCGGGUGAACGCGUGCCUCGGGAAGGGCUAUGAUCGUACUGGGCUGCGUCUCAGGCGCUCGUUAAAGCCGCAGUCUGCCCGGCCAUGGCUCUGAGGGAGCUGAAAGUUUGCCUUCUGGGGGACACUGGUGUAGGCAAAUCAAGCAUCGUGUGGAGAUUUGUAGAAGAUAGCUUUGAUCCCAAUAUCAACCCAACAAUAGGAGCUUCAUUUAUGACCAAGACUGUACAGUAUCAAAAUGAGCUGCAUAAAUUCCUAAUUUGGGAUACAGCUGGACAGGAGCGGUUUCGUGCUUUAGCCCCCAUGUAUUACAGAGGGUCAGCGGCAGCCAUUAUAGUGUAUGACAUCACAAAAGAGGAAACUUUCUCAACAUUAAAGAACUGGGUUAAAGAGCUUCGACAGCAUGGACCUCCAAAUAUUGUUGUAGCUAUUGCAGGAAAUAAGUGUGAUCUUAAUGAUGUAAGAGAAGUCAUGGAAAAAGAUGCUAAAGACUAUGCAGAUUCCAUUCAUGCAAUAUUUGUAGAGACAAGUGCGAAAAAUGCAAUAAACAUUAAUGAACUCUUUAUAGAAAUUAGUCGCAGAAUUCCGUCAACUGACACCAACCCCCUGUCUAGUGGUAAGGGCUUCAAACUUAGAAGACAGCCAUCGGUGACAAAGCGCAGCUGCUGUUGACUGAUCCCUUAGCAAAUCAAACUUGUUUAUACAGUAGGUGGUCUUGGAAGUUAAUAGUUCACGUUGGGUUUAUAUUAUCAGUCUUAGAUCUUUAUCUGCCGGUGUUCAUACAGCCAGGGUCCCACAAAAAUGGACUGGUUCAUCUGACAUCUGUACACUCGCAGAAGAGACUGCAAUUGUAAUGUCAGCCUGUUUACUUAGAAAAAGUGUAGUAUCUCUUGCAUUCAAAGGGAAUCCAUCAUCACUUUUUUGGCCUUGCUUGACAGGAAGGUGACUAUAUGGAUGGUAGAACUGAAAUGUUUAAUAGUUUUGUAAUCAAGAUUUUUGGGGGGUUUUUUUGUAAAAAAGGGAAAUGAGCACUUUGUGGGACUUAAGGGUGGGAGGAGUCUGGAAGUGAGAUGUCAUUUCUUCCUUUUCUUCAGUGAGCCUUAUUUUAAAUUUCAUUGUAGCUAAUCCAAAGUAUGAUAGGACAGUUGAUGUGAGGUGGCUACAGAAUAAGCAACUGAAGACAAAUAAUAGGCAAAUCAGUCCAUCCAGUCCCCAAAUCCCAUUUGCACUUUUUAUUUAAAGAUGAUAUGCGCUGGGGGUGGGGACACAAGCAACAGAUUUUAAAUCACAGACAAUCUUUUUUUCAUGCUGACUUUAAUCACUUUAAGGCAAACUGAUAUGCUUAUAGGCAUCUUUUUGUUCCUACAAGUAUUUUAAUACUGAGAUGUUGUUGAAGAAAACUUAGUUGUAGUUCUGACUAAGUGGUUACUGACUAGAAACAGUUGCUGUAAACAGGUGAUGCCAGUGGUUCUGAUAAGACCUAAAAGUUUUUGGGGAAAGCUUUUAAUUGCUUGGCAUAUGUAAAGUGUUCAUAUUAUAUUUAUGAGAGCAGUGUUUAAAGUACUAUAAAUUAUGUAAAAACAGUAAAAAAUAAUGCAAUCUUAUACACUCCUUCCGUUCCACACCUGUGGAUAAACUUGGGGGGAAUCUCCAUCAGGUUGUGGGGUUUUUUUCCUGUAUUGUAGGUACUGUCACUGUGAGUUCAUCCAGAGGCAGGCUGCAAUUCUUUCUUUUUCAAUAACAUUUGCAAGGGCCAAUAGAGAAUGCUGUUGGUGCAGCAUGAGGACUGUCUGUUAAACAAGUUUUCAUCUGUGGUCCACCAGGUCUUUCCUGUCUUGGGCACAAAAAUACAAAUAGGAAGUAACCUUAAGACAUGGUAAUGUAGAUCAUUACCUCUUGGUUCCUGGGCUUUUUCAUCUCUGAGGGUAUUUAGCAGAUCAGUGUUUAGCUUAUUCUGUAUUGCGUUUAGUACGCUUUCAAUUAAACUAUAGGUUGACCAUACCCAUUUGUGCUAUCUUAUUUAUUUUUACUUUUUGUUUCCUACCAGCACUAGUGAGAGACUUUAUACUUUUGAAGAAAAAGAGCUUAAUAGACUUCAGUAUAUAUUAAAAUGUUGUUCAGCUUUAGUAUCAAAAUGAGGUCACAUUGAUGAUGCUUAUUCUUUCUUUGUAAUGUGGUUUUCUGUCAUCUCAAGUAUUUUCUCUGAAGGAAAGGUAGAAAAGUUUGUAAGAAAUGAAAGGACAGAUUAGGUUGUAUUAGUGAAAAUUGUUGUAGAGCUAUUCUGGAGCAAAACAGGUGAACUGUAACAGUGAGAUUUUGGAUGGGUCAGUAUGUGUUAAUGAAAUUUGGUGACUACAUUUUUAUCACACCUUUUACUUACUCUGCAUUGUCAGUUAUGCCGCCUUUCCUGCAGUUGUACAGGCAACGUGCUUCUAAAGAGCCCAAGUAGUACAUCAUCAAAUGAAGGCUUUUUGAAGCCCCUUUGAAACAUUGGUCCUUAAGAAGGCAUCUAAUAGUAUAGACAGAUUUGUGUUUGGUGUUCAGCCUGAUGUAUAAUAUAUUUUUUUAUCUAUCACUCAAAGCAAAUAACUUAUGAACAGAAAACUUAAGCACUCCUCCAAAAUGCUUAAUGGAAAUACAGCCAAUAAAGAAAGAACAGAGUAAACUUGCUCUUGGGCAUAUUUUUAAUUUAAAAAAAUGCAGGUUGGCAAUUAAAUAUAGAACUUUCACAGUGGCAAUCAUGGAAAUCCCUAAUUUCUUUGAAAUAGCGCAAUUCUUACUCCUGCCAAAUUUUUAAAAAAAUAAAUUGUGUGGUUAUCUAAUUCAACUGAUUUUUAAAGCAUUUUGUGUUCAUAGUGCUUCAGAAGUCUAUUCUAUACUAAGAUACUGGGCACUGUAGUAUCUUAACUGUGAUACAGAAACUACUGCUUUUAUUAAAGUUGGUUAGUAAUAAAUCUGGAAAUUCUUCAACUGAGAAAGAUCAUAGUAGGAGAAGGAAAGUCUCAGAUAUCGGGAAUAUCUUUCAUGUAGAUUAGUAGGAAAAAGGAAUGUCAGACUUUCUAAAUUAUUGUUAUUGCCUGUUAGCAUGUGGUGAAAAUGGAGUUUAAAUCUGUUUUUCAGUGAGAUAAUAAAAAUGGUUUAAUAGUAUUUAUCCAACAUUCAUUGAAAAGAAAACAUUGGACUCCAGGCAAGGCUGAGAGCUAGGAUAGUAUUGAGGUGGUUGUAGUUCUCUUCAGGCAGGGGAGAGAUACAUUUAUCCUAGCAAAUCUUUAUGAAUGGCUUUCUGAUCUUUCUUCACUUAUUUGCUAUACACCAAAAUUAGACUUUAAAAACAAACAAAAAAAACCCCACACCAAAACUUUAUAAAGAAGCAGCAACAAUCUGGCCCUUCUCAAAUGUAGCUGAGUCUUAGUGCCUCAAACUCCUUAUGGUUUGUUAACCAGUCUGAGUGGAAUGCCAGCAUGCUUCAUGUCCUUUUUUUCAGUUCUGGUCUUGAAUUACUGCAGUUAAUGAAAACAUGGAAAUAGCCAGUGUUUCAGAUUGUCCAAACUGCAAACACUGAAGUGAGGCUGCUUUUUAACCUGUGCGUAUUUAAAAUAACAGACUGUUGAUGGCAAGUUCUUUUGAGCCAAGAUAACUGUUUAUUGAUUACUUGGCCCUAGCUGAAAGCUCGAAUGCAAUCUUCCCUGGAUGAGAUGCACAUGUUCAUUGUUUGACUUUUGUUGGAGAAAAAUUGUUUCUUCUGUAUUAAUUUGUUAGGCCAUCUGCUUUCAUCUUGCACUAGGCUUGCUGGAAUUGGUUUUUUUUUGUUCUAACGUAGCUUCUCUAUUUGGAGAUGCAUUGGCCUUUGUUUGGAGUGCUGAUUAUCACCAUUCCAGCUAAAUUUUUAAUAACUUUUCUGUUAAGAAAUUGUUGGAAAAGCUGAGGACUGAAGUUCCAUUCCACUAAUGCUUUUCUGUUAAAUGAAUAGAGCUCGUCAUAGAGACCAGGCUUUCAGAUACUCUUGGAGGGAAUUAAUUGUUGCACAAGUUUGGAAGGGUAAAGUAUCAUGUACAUAAAAAUAUAACAAGGCGCAUAUCGCAUUCAUUGAUCCCGAACAUUUUUUAACUGGCAAAAUACAACUACUUUAACUUCUAAAUGCCACCAGUUCUUUCCCAUGAAAGUUACAGAUUUGUAGAAAAAUGACAUUUGAUAAAUGCUUAGUUCUUAAGCUUUGGAGCAACUUAAAUGUGCUCCCUGAGUUUUGGAGGAUGUCUUCAUCUGAUCCUCUAAAUUACAGCAGUCUCUUAGCUGACUUGCCAGGCUCUUAAUCUGUGCUCUAGGUAGUUUUGUAGUAUAUUUUAUAUACAUGCUGAAAACUGGUGUACUAAAUGCCUAAGUAGGUGAAAUCUGGAAGCUUGUUUCAUAACAGAAGCAUCUAGUGGUCAAACUACUGAAAAUUGUUAUAGGUGCUUUGAAAAAUUCGAAGAUAAUUCUAACAACUUUUGCCAUUGCCAGGAAGGUAAAGACUUUGUUUACAUUAUUAGAUCCAUGUUGAAACAAGCCAAAUCAUUGCACUUCAAAUCCCUACUGACAUGAGUGAGACCCUUUCUUUAAGUGUUACAGGAUCAGACAGUUAAUAGUUUAGAGGGGCAUUUGUUGGUGUACACAAUACCAAUUUAAUGCUACCAGCCUGCUAAAGAGAGAUUAUUUACAUGCUUGGGAGGAGAGUAAGAAGAGAGCAGACUGCCUGCUUAUUGAUUUGGAAGUCUAAUCCUUUAACCUGGUUGAUAGAUACGGCAUUCAUUGGGAGCUGUUUGCAUUCAUGGUAAAAGCUUCAUUUUAGUGACAAAAAAAAAAAAAUCGGGCUGAAUAUAUUGAAUGGUUUAAAAGCUGACCUCAAUGAGAUUUUUGUUAGACUGUUAAUGCUAAAUUAUUCCUUAACAUUACUGUUAAUUUCCAGUAUAACAUAUUGAGUAUUAGUUGGAAAAGGAAGCUUUAGCAGUGAUGUUUGAAUGUGUUUCUUGUGAAACAGUCUUUAGUGUUUAUUAAGGAUGGUGUCUAUUUGUAGUGUGCUAUGUCAGCAAUCUGCAAAGACUAUCUUGGGAAUUGAUUUACAGGACAGAAGCUGUCUGAAUGGUGUAGCUAGUCACCCUGUAGUAAACCUCACUUACAAGCAGCAAUAGCUACAUAAAGUAAAAAAAAAAAGUCAUCUCAAAUGUGAGGAGAACCUGAAUAAUUGAGACUUCAACUUCUACACUGCCUAUUCAUUUUCUAAAAAGCUUCGUAUAUUUCUCUUUAAACCUCUAAAAAGAGAGGCUGGUGUGAUCAUGGAUAAGGGAGGACAAACUUUCUUUUUUAGGAGGAAGUUUUACAGUGACCUGAGACUUGUUUGUAUGCCACAAGUCAGUUCUUUGAAGCAGGAGAAUUGUGUGCAUGGAAUUAAGCUUCUAAAAUCUGCACAAAAUUCUCUAAAGAAAACUGUUAAAAUCUUAUGUUCAGAUUACAUUCCUAGUAAUAGAUCACAGCCCUAGUAAUGGUAGGUGACAGAAGCUUUAUUGAAGUAAAAUGUUGGUGUGAAUUACCAAUCUAAGAUAGAAAUACAGGUUCUAGUAUAAGAAAAGUCAUGUCAGUUGUCCUUUUCAGAGUCAUAUGGUUCCAACUUGUCAAAAGAAGUAUGCUUGAAACUACAACUUUGUUUCUCAUGCAAGUAUUCAGGUGCCAAAACAUAUUUCCCUAAAAUUAUUAGGCCUUCUGACACCAGUGGUUGUUUCUGAAAAAUUCCUUCUGAUAUUUUGGAGGUCUUGGAAGUUUGAAUGCAAAUCUUUUCUUGGUCAGCUAGAAUCAAAAAUACAUGGCUUGGAAAAAAUCAAACUUUAUCCAUAAAGUGACUCGGAUAACAAAUCUCUCAAGGGAUAUAAGACUACCCUGAAACCCAAGAAUACUGAUGGGCUUAGUCUCUGACAUAUCAAAAUGAUCCUAGGGUCAGCUUUUUCCUCCUUCCCCCACCCAUUUCCCCCCCCCCCCCAACCCUGAAUUUUUAACAUAGUGUUGUCAGGGUGUACAUGCUAUAAACAGCUCUUUAAAAAUACUUAAAAAGUUCUAGUGGCUUAGAGUUAUUCGGUGCUUCCUAUUUUACAUGGAAAAUCAAGGCAGUAGGAUGAUCUGUCCCCCUAAAAAUUGGGACAGCAUUUGCUGAACUGCUCUCAUUCUAGGAUAAAGAAUUCUUAGAAGAGACGAUUUUGCUGUUCCCCUUACAUCAUCCUGCAAGCUGGGGUUCUUAGAUUUUUACUUAAACACUAACAGUGAGUUUUAUUCAAAUAUGUUUUCACAUAUGUAUUAUUGAACAAACCAACUGCUACUUCUUUUUUAAAUGUUGAAGGAUACAGACCACUCAUUUUGUCAUGCUCAUCUGUGUGAGUGUGAUACUCCAUCCAGCUGUCGCACUUGGAUAUGCUGUAACUCUGACACCUAGAUAGAUUCACUGCUACUAUCUUGUCUGGCUUUUACUCAUGUUACACUAUGUAUUUCCUAUUAAAUCCAUUAUGUUUUUAUGAUAAUUUGUUCUUUGUUUCCUUAUGGGAUUUAGCCAAGAAUAUGUGGUGUCUUUUUUUUCUCAAAGGUUCUGGAAGUGUCUGUCACAGUGGCAAAUAUUUGUAAACAAAAUGGUAAUUCAUUGAGUACAGCCUUACAAAACUGUUACAAAAACGUAGCAGCUGAGACUUACACCACUACUUUAUUAUACCACAAAAGGAAGGCUAAAAGCACAUUCACCUGGGGGAGCAAAUUAUUGUAAGGCUGUAGUAACACAAUGUAAACUCUACUCUCUUUUAACUUCCUUUUUUUGUACUUUCUGUUUCUGAAUAUUUUGUAUCCAACAUUGAAAUUGUGUCAGUGAAUUGAUUUAAGACACAGAAAUGGAUUCUGUAGGUAUAAGACACUUAAGACUUCCUGGCAAUCUUACCCUCGUACCCCCCUCCUGCCAGUACAAUGAAGAAAAAAAAGAAAUCAUUCUGAAGGUUUCUUCUAAACAAGAAACAUUGCAUUUGUGUAGUCAGGGCACGAAAGUAACCUGAUAUGCAUAUAGCCCUUGCAGUGUAAUAAAUGUUUGCCUGUAAAAUUAAGCAUGAAGGUUAACCUUUGUAUCAGCAAUUCUUGUCCCUCUUAAGAACGUUCUGCCUUUUUCAUUAUAGGAUUGGGUUAACCUGUUACAAGGGUUGAGAGGUCUGUGCCUUCUUAUUAUAGUAUCUCUUACUAAAACAAACUUAAGCCGCUCAAAGUUACAGAGCAUUUGCAGCACUGUAAACUGCACAAAUUUACAACCAUUGCUUCACUGCAUGAAAUGUAGUCAGAUUACUAGUGAUGAAAUAUUGUAGUGAUGAAUUCCCAAGCUUAUGAAUGUUUUGAGAUAUUUUUUUUUUCAUCUUCUCUUGGGCUGGUCCUGAGAGUGUGUACAGGUUGGUCUGUAUUGUUGGUUUGUAGAUGCUAAUGAGGAAAACCAGGCUUUUGUUCUCUCCUUUUUGUUUGAAUUGUUACACUCCCAUAUAGUGCAUAGAAUGCAAAUAAAGAAAUGUUGAUUUGGCAUAAUGUAAACAGCCUUUUCAGCCUAAGCAUUCAUAAUAAACUUUUAUAGUGUAAUAACAUGCUAAAUCACUACCAGUCUGAUGUAUUGUGGAAAAAAAAAGGUGUAAACAUUUUAUUAAUAAAAAGCUUUGUUUAUA